AUGAGGUUCAACGCCGCAACUUUGCUCUCUGUUCUUCCCACGUUGUGGCCCUGCGCAUCAGCGAGACCGUCAAGCAGCACAAGAGGAACGCUGCAGCCACGCAGCGCAUCUACAGGACCAUAUGCUUGCUCGGCUUCCUCGAUUCCUAACCCGGAGCUCUUUGGCGCUGAGAUUACGUCGCUGACGGCUCAUGAAGUCCACAAUUAUUCGACAACUGGGGAGGCGUAUGCUGCGGGUGGCGUCGCCCGCAACUAUACCGGCCUCGAGUUCUGCCAAGUCAACAUCACAUACACACAUCCAGGGGCUAACGACUCCGUCCACGUCCAAGUCUGGCUUCCCUUGAGCGGAUGGAACCAGCGCUUUCUAGGCACAGGUGGGGGCGGGUUCACCACGGGCACAAUGGCCCCUGCUCUUGCUCCUGCAAUAGCGAACGGCUACUCGGCGGCAAGUACGGACGGCGGCCAUGGUAUAGGCGUCAGUGCCUCCACCUGGGCAUUGCUGAGUCUUGGAAACGUGGAUCUGCAUUUGCUUGUGGACUUCGCUUCAAGGAGCUUACACGACAUGACCGUGCUCGGCAAGGCUGUGACCGAGAGCUUUUAUGGAACGGCGCCGCAAUAUUCCUACUGGAACGGCUGCUCCACCGGCGGGCGACAAGGACUUAUGGAGGCACAGAGAUACGCCAACGACUACGACGGCAUUCUAGCUACAGCACCGGCAAUCAAUUGGCACAAGUUCGUUACUGCUGAAAUCUGGCCGCAGGUCGUUAUGCACGAGCUAGGCGUCUAUCCUGAUCAGUGCGAGUUCAACGCUAUCACCGCGGCAGCAAUCGAGGCCUGUGACCCUCUGGACGGCGUCACCGACAGCAUCAUCGCAGCGACAGGACUGUGCAACUUUGAUCCGCACACCCUUGUGGGGCAACCGUUCACUUGCGAUACCGACGGCACACAGCGAACCUACUCAUCUGCAGCUGCGACAAUCGCACUUGAGACCUGGAACGGCGCACACACUGACAACGGCACGAGACUAUGGUACGGACUUGCCCCUGGCUCACCUCUCAAUGGUCUCGCAAACACAAAUCGAACCUCCAACGGCACCUCCUAUGGCGUACCGUUCGUCAUCAGCGACGAAUGGAUCCGGCUGUUUGUCGUCAAAGAUCCUGCAUUUAGUACCACCAACCUGACCACCGCGGCCUUUGAGUCGAUUUUCCGCCAAUCUGUCCAGGAAUACGCCUCCAUCAUCGGCACGGACGACCCCGAUCUUUCCGCCUUCCGCGAUGCAGGCGGCAAGAUGAUCACAUGGCACGGUCUCGCUGAUCCACUUAUCCCGCCCAACGGCACGGUCGACUACUACGAUCGUGUCGUAGCCACUGAUCCCGAGGUCAUGGACUAUUAUCGCGUGUUCUUGGCUCCCGGAGUGGGUCAUUGCUCGGGCGGUCCAGGGCCGUAUCCUGAGAAUGCGCUGGGCGCGCUGGUCGACUGGGUUGAGCAGGGUGUUGCGCCGGAGGAACUGGCUGCGACGAGCCCAGCUGUGAAUGGAACGGUGGCUCGUCGGCCGCUUUGCCCUUACCCGCUUGUUGCGCGCUGGGACGGCGUUGGUGACUGGACUGAGGCUUCGUCGUAUGAAUGCGCUGCGUCGUUCGUAUGA